AUAUGGGGAUGAGGAAUGGGGGGUAUCGAGCUGACAGUCGGCUCGGUUAUCCUACCACCCCCUACUAUACGGUCUGGCACCUCGUGGACGCCACAGACGCCAUCUCGUCUCGUUUACCAGUAGUUUUCGAUUAUCUAAAAUCGUAACCCACCUUCAUACUAGCGUCAGCACACAUCUUGAUGCCUCUAUUCCACUUGUUUACCUAGCGCCUACCUACUGAGAGUAUAGGAUUCAUCUCUCGUGAACAGUCAUCGCCGCUAAGAUGUCGUUGCCGUCGCCCGAGCAGAUCGCCUACAUGAUGGCGCACGCCUCUGAUGAUCUACGACCCAAUAUCAUCGUGUGCGUGUCGGUAUGCGCGUUCCUCUCGGUAGUAUUUGUGGCCAUGAGGCUCUUCGCGCGCUGGCUUCACGGCAACAAUCUACUACUAGCCGACUAUCUGAUUAUUUUCGCCUUGUGUCUCUAUAUCCCAUUCUGCGUUGCGUUGGGAAUAUGUACGGACGCCGGUCUAGGGAAGCACGCCCUAUUCAUCAAGGACGCGCGGCUCCUGCAAAUUUAUUUCAUCUCGUCCGAAGUCAUAUACUCUGUCGUCAUCGUCACUAUCAAAUGGAGCAUCCUCGCCUUCUACCGACGAAUUUUCCCGCAGGACUGGUUUCGCUGGGCUCUUAUUGGGGUUGCCCUUUUCAUGGGUGCGUGGAUGUUCACCACUGUCUUCGCCAUUAGCUUCCAGUGCAUACCUAUCGAGUACAAUUGGGACAUGACGAUCGUUGGCGGCCACUGCAUCAACAUCGGUCAGCUUGCGCUCGUAACCAGCAUAUUGAACGUACUCACAGACGUAGCAAUCUUAAUUCUACCCCUCCCGUUAGUUUGGAAGCUUAACGUGUCACGCCAGAGGCGUUGGGGCUUAAUCCUCCUAUUCGGCCUUGGUGGCGGCGCGUGUGUCGUAGGAAUAACUAGGGCCGGCUAUAUCGGAGAUCUGAACGCCACUGUUGAUCCUACAUGGGAUAACGUUCCGGCGGCGUACUUAUCGGCCAUCGAGGUUCUCGCAGGUUUCCUUGUCGCAUGCAUCCCCUCGUAUCCGGUGCUCUUCCGCCGCGCCGCAAGCAAGACCGUAGCCUCUAAACAGUCUGGCCCUGGUAGCGGACAGACUCCUGGGGGUUCAGGCCGAAGCGGGGACUCUCGUCGACGCCCUGUCAUGUCGUGGAACAGGAUUACGAACACGGACGAGAUCGAGCUGCUUACUAGCCAGACACCGGCGAAUCACCGCUGGCAGACGUUGCCUGAGAAGACGGGCGACCAUUACAAGGAUGGCAAUCGAGGAGAUGUGAAUGGAAUGAAAGGGGGGCCGGGAGAAGCUGUCUAACGAUACCAAAGGAUCUGGAUGUGUAUGACACUGUAUGUUGGAACUGGGACUGUAUGAUAGUCGUUUCUGCCAUUUGUACAUUAAACCGUAUUGUCGGAGACUAGAUAGGUAUCUAGGCAUGUAUCUAUGAGACUAUGUAUUUAAGGGCCAUACAUGUACCUACCUAGGUACCUACAUAUGUAUGUCGCGAGGUAAG